AUGGUCGUCGGCGCAUUCCCGCUGUCGGGCAAGAUUGCCGUCGUCACCGGCGCCGGCUCGGGCAUCAACCUGGCGUUUGCGAAACAGGCCGUCGAGCAGGGCGCGUGCGUCGUCGUUGCGGACCUGACGUUGACAGACGACGCCAAGGCGUUUGCGGCCGCCCACGAGAAGAGCGUGGUGUUUGCCAAGACGGACGUCACAAAGCGGGCGGACCUCGAGAACACGGUGGCGGUGGCCCAGUCGACCUUUGGCGACGUGCCGGACGUGUACAUUGCGGGCGCCGGCGUGUUCGAGCCGGACUGGUCGAGCUUCUGGGACGACACGGAGGACGACGGGUACAAGCAGGUCGAGGUCAACGUGAACCACCCGAUGAAGCUGUCGCGCAUUGCCAUCCGGAGCCUGGUCCGGCGCAGGAAGCCAGGCGUGAUCCUGGUGGUGGCGUCGCUCGCGGGCUACCAGGGCGCGUUUGCGUCGCCGCUGUACUGCGCGACCAAGCACGCCGUCGUGGGCUUUGUGCGGUCGGUGGCCGACCUGGACGAGCUGCAAAACAUCAAGGUUGUGCUGGUCGCCCCGGGCUAUGUGCACACGCCCAUGUGGACGGCCGAUCCGGUCAAGAUGAAGCAGUUUGGCUACAAGCCGUCGAUGGCGGUGAUGCCCGAGGAGGUGGCGCAGGGCAUGGUGGACCUGGUCACCAAGGCGGAGUAUGGCGGCGGCGCGUGUCUGCAGGUGGCGGUGGGCGAGCGGCGCACGCUGGGCGUCUGGAACAUCCCCGCGCCGGACACGGACGGCGCGCGGGUCAGCAAGGAGGUGCUGGAGCGGAACUACAAGCCGGUGCUGGAGAAGAUGCGGAAUGUGUAG